AUGGCUCCAUCAACUAAAGCUCAAUCUGCUAAAAGAAUCGUUAACAAAGGUAACAAUGCUAAAAAAGUUUUAAAAAUCAGAACUGAUACUUCAUUCCGUUUACCAAAAACUUUAAAAUUGGCUAGAAACCCAAAAUAUGCUAGAAAAUCUGUUCCACAUUACGAAAGAUUAGAUUCAUACAAAGUUAUUGUUGCUCCAAUUGCUUCAGAAACUGCUAUGAAAAAAGUUGAAGAUGGUAACACUUUAGUUUUCCAAGUUGACAUCAAAGCUAACAAACAUCAAAUCAAAAAAGCUGUUAAAGAAUUAUAUGAAGUUGAUAUCCUUGCCGUAAACACUUUAAUCAGACCAAACGGUACUAAAAAAGCUUACGUUAGAUUAACUGCUGAUUACGAUGCCUUAGAUAUUGCUAACAGAAUUGGUUACAUUUAA